AUGGAAUCAGUCCGCUUGCUACUCUCUCACGGUGCUGAGGUCAACAUCGGGGGAGGACGGUACGGAACCGCGCUCCAGGCGGCAUGCGUAAAUGAACACCUAUACCUGAAGCGGCGCUACAACCUGGCGUGCCUAUUGAUAGACGAUGGUGCCGAUGCAGCAUGGGACUGCUCUAAAGAUUGCAUGGAAGGCGACAUUGAGGAUAGGAUCGCGUUUCUCCUCGAAUAUGGCGCUAAUAUCAAUCUCGGAGCCGGUCUCUAUGGCUUUCCACUGCAGUCGGCAUGUCUAGCGCCUACAAGUUUCUCCUUCCACCUGAACACCGACGGCCUCAUCUACCUACUCGACAACUGCGCUAACAUCAAUGUCAACCGGACAGGCGGAUUAUUUGGCACGGCUUUACAGGCAGCAGCGUACAUAGGCAAGACAGAAUGUGUCAAGUUGCUGCUUGAGAAGGGCGCAGAUGUCAACCUUCUCGGUGGAAAGUGGCGGAGCGCACUGAAUGCGGCUGCGGUCAAAGGAUAUUGGGAUCUCGUCGAGAUACUAUUGAAGGCUGGGGCCGAGGCAGACUGCACUUGUUCUCUGGAAUUGAUGAGGAAUGGCUGGAAGGAGUUGGGAAGGAAGGUGGGUGCAGUGCUGUGGAACGGUAUAGGAACUUUUGGGAGGUAA